AGUGGAUGCUAGAAGUCGUGAGGUUGGUGGCGGAGGCGCGAGUCCGAGUAGCGCCUGACACGGUGCCAGGCGGCUGGGACUAGUUGGGUUCUGAGAAGAAAGUGCUGUCUCAAGACAGCUUCUCCUGGCCAAGGCGGCCAUUCGGCCCAAGCCCGAGGAUCCGCAGGCAUGUCUGACAACGAGGACAAUUACGAUGGAGAUGACUUCGAUGAUGUUGAGGAAGAUGAGGGCCUUGAUGACCUGGAAAAUCCCGAGGAGGAGGGCCAGGAGAAUGUGGAGAUCCUCCCCUCUGGGGAACGGCAGCAAGCAAACCAGAAGAGGAUCACUACUCCCUACAUGACCAAGUAUGAGCGAGCUCGGGUCCUGGGCACACGGGCCCUUCAGAUUGCAAUGUGCGCCCCUGUGAUGGUGGAGUUGGAAGGGGAGACUGACCCACUGCUCAUCGCCAUGAAAGAGCUCAAAGCUCGAAAGAUCCCCAUCAUCAUCCGCCGCUACCUGCCCGAUGGGAGCUAUGAAGACUGGGGUGUGGACGAGCUCAUCAUCACCGACUGAGCCCCGGCCCCUGCCCCUGCUCCCUGGCAGUUUUUCUGUUCUCUUUGUUUUUGUAUAUGGAUAAUAAAGCCUAUUCACCCUC